CCUCCACCGCACAGUCAUUCAGCCUUUAUUUUUACUUCUUCCUUUUGUUUGUUUCCUUCUUCCUUCUGCAGCACCGUAACUCCCACCAGUGGUUAUCUCCUUCGAUUACUUCUUCUCAGUUCUCAAGCCUGCGUUUCCUGUUGCAGAUCCAAGUUCAUAGUUUCCCUUUUAUCAAUUUUUUCUCCCAUCUCCCUUCUUCCCUAAGAUUUCACUCUCAAGGUAUGAAAAGCUUUCAGUAUUCACAUUUUGGCCCGGCCGGAACAGAACUAUAUUCAAAAAAUUGGUCCACGCCGUGUCGGAGAAGCAAAAAAAAAAAGACACCGCUCGGACACCGGAGUCCGGCGAGUCUUACCGGAGAUAGAUUUUCAUUCCUGGUCAGAAACAGGACGAUUUCAACAAGUUCCAUAUCAAUAGAGAAACAAGCCAUUGGUCAACAAAGAGUUCAACAAGUCGAGCUACUAAGUUCUGUAAAUGAUUUAUAUGGAGGAGUUGUAGUGAACAUUGAGAAGCCUAUGGAUUCUGAGGUCUUUUCUCGUUUGCUUAGAGCUUCAAUGUCACACUGGAGGCAACAGGGGAAGAGAGCUGUGUGGAUCAAAUUGCCCAUCAAACAUGUAAAUCUUGUUGAAGCUACAGUUAAGGAAGGAUUUCGGUAUCACCAUGCCGAACCAGAUUAUUUAAUGCUUGUAUGUUGGCUUCCUAAAACUGCGAAUACUAUUCCUGCAAAUGCUUCACAUCGAGUGGGUGUUGGUGCUUUUGUUAUGAAUAGUAAGAGAGAGGUACUUGUAGUUCAGGAGAAUAGUGGAUAUUUCAAAGGAACAGGCGUGUGGAAGCUUCCUACUGGGGUUGUUGAUGAAGGUGAGGAUAUUUGUACAGCUGCAGUUAGGGAAGUCAAAGAAGAGACAGGAAUUGACACACAGUUUGGGGAAGUUUUAGCAUUCAGGCAAAGCCACAAGUCAUUCUUUAGCAAAUCAGAUUUGCUCUUCAUUUGCAUGUUAAAUCCCCGUAACUUUGACAUUGAGAAGCAGAAUUCAGAGAUUGAAGCAGCACAGGUACAAUCAGUAUUGAGAAGAAAACUGUUUGCAGUUUCCACUCGGAAUAUUCCUCAGCAGAAAACAAUUCGAACACUCACUUCGGCUAUGGCUUUGGCUCAAGGCAAAUGGGUCAAGCUUGAUCAAAAUGGUACUGGGCCUGGAGCAAGAAGCUCACAUGCCAUCUCCAUAGUAGGACAGAAGGCCUAUGUUUUCGGUGGUGAAUUCUCGCCACGUGUCCCCGUGGAUAACAAGGUCCAUGUAUUUGACCUUGAAACCCUAACAUGGUCUGUUGCUAAUGCUACCGGGGAUGUUCCACCGCCACGUGUUGGUGUCACAAUGGCAGCUGUUGGGAAAACAAUUUAUGUUUUUGGUGGUAGAGAUAGUGAACACAAUGAGCUCAAUGAGCUCUACAAGUUUGACACAUCUACAAGUAAGUGGACCCAACUCUCCGACGGACCCGAUCAUCGGAGCUACCACUCUACCACUGCCGAUGAUCGCCACGUGUAUAUCUUUGGUGGGUGUGGUGUGGCGGGCCGGCUUAACGAUCUAUGGGCCUAUGAUGUUGUUGAUCAAAAGUGGAUCAAAUAUCCAAACCCAGGGGACAAAAUCAGGGGAAGAGGUGGGCCUGGGUUGGCAGUGGCCCAAGGAAAAAUAUGGGUUGUGUAUGGCUUUGCUGGAGAGGAAGUGGAUGAUGUAUACUACUUUGAUCCAGCCCGUGAAGAAUGGGCCCAAGUGGAGACAACUGGUGAAAAGCCCACGGCCCGAAGUGUAUUUUCCACUGUUGGGAUUGGUAAAUACAUAUUUAUCCAUGGUGGGGAAGUAGACCCUAGUGACCUAGGUCACUUAGGUGCUGGGAAAUUUGCUAAUGAGGUUUAUACAUUAGACACUGAGACAUUAGUGUGGAAACGGUGGGAGGAUGGGCCGGAUUCGGGUGAUCAUCCCGGGCCUCGCGGUUGGACUGCGUUUGCUGGCGGUCACCGACAUGGCAAGGAGGGACUUUUGGUGUAUGGUGGCAAUUCACCAAGUAAUGAUAGGCUUGGUGACAUUUUCUUUUUCACUCCGUACUUGUAGAGCAGAUGAUAAAUAAUCAUAAUAAUAUGUACCUUGAUAUUUUCAUAAUUAUAUCAUGAUAGGUGUAUGGUGGUAGUGAGAGACUGGCAGCUAGGAUUGUGUGGGUAUAUAAUAUGACAACCUUUUGUAUCUUGUAAUAAAGUGUUGUUUUUUCUCAAAAAAAAAAAAAAAUAAAUAAAUAAAGUGUUGUUUUGACUUUGGACAUGA